CGCACCUCGGAAAUAAAUAAAUAAGCAGUAGGGCUGCCGCAGCCGCGCCCCCGCGGGACCCGCGCUCAGGGGAGGGGGCCCCACGGGCUCGGAUCCCCGCAACCGGAGCGCCUUUGCCAUUGGCACAGCCGAAUGGGGGGGGGGUCACCCCCGUUGGGGGGCGAAUGGUACAGUCCUCCGCCCGCGCCCCGACCGCCGCCGGCUGGGAAUCGCGGAGCCGGGCGCAGCCGCCGCCGCCCUCCGAGCGGGAGCCGAGUCCGGAGGCGGCGAUGGAGGGAGUCAGCAGCCACCGGACCCUGUCCUACAGCCGCUGGAGCUACGACAGGAGGCAUUCCCUGGCCCAUGGGAUCUCAGCACUCAAAGCACAACAGGAAACCCGGGCCCUUGAAACGGGGUCACCGAAGAGAUCGGAGAUCAAGCAGGAGGAAGUACUGGAAGGAAGGAAGGGAGAUCGCUGGUGUCUUAGAUGAUGAGGGCAACAACCUGAGGCAGCAGAAGCUUGACCGGCAGCGGGCCCUGCUGGAACAGAAGCAGAAGAAGAAACGCCAGGAGCCCCUGAUGGUGCAGGCCAAUGCCGAUGGGCGGCCCCGGAGCCGGCGGGCCCGGCAGUCAGAGGAGCAGGCCCCUCUGGUGGAGUCCUACCUCAGCAGCAGUGGCAGCACCAGCUACCAAGUUCAAGAGGCCGACUCACUCGCCAGUGUGCAGCUGGGAGCCGCCCGCCCAACAGCACCAGCCUCAGCCAAGAGAAGCAAGGCAGCCACCGCGUCAGGGGGCCAGGGUGGGGCCUCUAGGAAGGAGAAGAAGGGAAAGCACAAAGGCGCCGGCGGGCCAGCAGCACCGGCAGAAGACAAGUCUGAGGCCCAAGGCCCAGUGCAGAUUCUGACUGUGGGCCAGUCGGACCAUGCCCAGGACAGAGGGGAGACAGCAGCCGGUGGGGGCGCACAGCCCAGCGGGCAGGACCUCCGUGCCACGAUGCAGAGGAAGGGCAUCUCCAGCAGCAUGAGCUUUGAUGAGGAAGAGGAGGAGGAGGAGGAGGAGGAGGAGAACAGCUCUAGCUCCUCCCAGCUAAAUAGCAACACCCGGCCCAGCUCUGCCACGAGCAGGAAGUCCAUCAGGGAGGCAGCCUCAGCCCCCACCCCAACAGCCCCAGAGCCACCGGUGGAUGUUGAGGUCCAGGACCUUGAGGAAUUUGCACUCAGGCCGGCCCCCCAGGGUAUCACCAUCAAAUGCCGAAUCACACGGGACAAGAAGGGGAUGGACCGGGGCAUGUACCCCACCUAUUUCCUGCACCUGGACCGUGAGGAUGGGAAGAAGGUGUUCCUCCUGGCGGGAAGGAAGAGGAAGAAGAGUAAAACCUCCAAUUACCUCAUCUCUGUGGACCCAACGGACCUGUCUCGAGGCGGGGACAGCUACAUCGGGAAACUGCGGUCCAACUUGAUGGGCACCAAGUUCACCAUUUAUGACAAUGGAAUCAAUCCGCAGAAGGCAUCGUCUUCUACUUUGGAAAGUGGGACCUUACGCCAGGAGCUGGCAGCUGUGUGCUAUGAGACAAACGUCUUAGGCUUCAAGGGGCCUCGGAAGAUGAGUGUGAUUGUCCCCGGCAUGAACAUGGUUCAUGAGAGAGUCUCCAUCCGUCCCCGAAAUGAACACGAGACACUGCUAGCCCGAUGGCAGAAUAAGAACACGGAGAGUAUCAUCGAGCUGCAAAACAAGACCCCUGUCUGGAAUGACGACACACAGUCCUACGUACUUAACUUCCAUGGGCGCGUCACACAGGCCUCCGUGAAGAACUUCCAGAUCAUCCAUGGCAAUGACCCGGACUACAUCGUCAUGCAGUUUGGCCGGGUAGCAGAGGAUGUGUUCACCAUGGAUUACAACUACCCACUGUGUGCACUGCAGGCCUUUGCCAUUGCUCUGUCCAGCUUCGACAGCAAGCUGGCCUGCGAAUAGAGGUCUCCUCCCGCCCAUUGGGGUCACCCAGCCUGGAGUGGAGCUUGCCUGCCUGCCUGCCUGUGGAGACAGCCCUGCCUACCCUCUGUUCAUAGGCCUUCUGCUAGAUGAAGCUCUGGCCUUCAGCGGGCUCCCUGGCCCAGCCAGCCAGGGACCGACUCCUCUGCCUCUGAUGCCGAGGCGAGGGACCAGUGGGUGGGUGUGAAGGGACAAGAGUAAUUCCUUCUGUGCCCCAAGACCAACACACACCGCCACUCUUGGAUUAGUACCGUGCUGCGGCCAUGUCUGCCAAGCCAGGUGACCUCUCGGCUAGGAAGGCCCGAAGAGGUACAGAGGAAGAGGAAGCACAAGCAGGGCUGCUGUGGCCCAGCCAUUCACUCAUCCCAGGAGUCAGAAGACAGUGGGUGCCCCAACAGGUUGGGGCACAGUGACAGAGAAUGACAGACAGAGAGAGACAGAGACGUGGAGAGGGAGUAUAUAUAUGAAUACAGGCCACACCAACUUUAUGUAGCAAAGAACUUGGUGUCCUAGCCCGGCCCCUUCCAAGUGCACAAAGCCCUCCAACUUCAGAAAGCCUCAGCCAGGCCCAAGGGAAGUCAGAGGAGUGGUGGAGGCAGAUGAGCGGCGGGACCCUGCUGGGCUUGCAGGGGCCUGGCUGUCUGUGGCUGUGGGGAUCAGCUGGUAGCCUAGAGUUCAGCUGACCUAUUUCUCCAAAUUUGCUGUGUGCUUAGAGGCACUGGGAACCCAGCUCUCGUGGCCAAAUGUCUUAGUGGAUGGGGCUGCAGGUGCACCAGCAGGCCUUCUGGAACACGGCUGUCUUGGAGCCUUGCCUGCUGGCCCAGGAGCGCUCUGCCGAGAAGUCCAGUACAACUCCUGGUAAACAGGUGAGAUCGGUGUCACUAGCCCUUGCCGGUAGUGUCCCAUUUGCAAGCCAUGGCAUCCUCCAGGAAGAAUCUCCUUUUGGGAGAGACCCAGCCUGUGCACUCUUGAGUCUUUCAGCUCCCACUGCUGUCAGCCAAAUCGCGGUUGGUGAGGGCUACUUUCUGUGGUGGUUCUUCUGAGGGCAUGGGACAGGGUGAGGACAGUACAGAAUAUUUUAGAGCCACAAGAGAUCAGAGGGGGUAGAGCCUUUAGGGAUCAACUUGGCACUUUCACUAAAUAGGACUUGCCUUGGGUUACCCAGUUUGUUAAUGGCAGAGUUCAGAACCUCAAGUUCCUUUGAUUUUUUUUUUUUGGUUCCUCAUCCCCCAAGAAACUAGUAUCUCCUGUUCUCUGGCCUUCUGGGGCCCAUUCUGCAUACAAUUUACCCUGAUUCCAGAGACUUGAAAACAUCAGAGUUGACGUAUAAGACUGAAACCAUUUCAGUAGGGAACUGGGCACUUCCUUGUGGGAAGUAGUGUGUCUUUUUGUACGUCAGUCUGACCAGGAUUGGCCUGGCCCCUCCAUGCGGGCUGCACACCGGGGGCAGACCUCGGCAAGGCUGCUGUGCAUUUCUGUCUGGGUGACUCGCAGCCCGGCUGCUUCAGGGCUGACCUGAUUGCUCCUCCACUGCCACUGCUCCUCCUUGGACGGCACCUUCCUUCUUGCAGGUGUGGGAACUCAGCUUCUGCUCACUUGUCAUUUACCCUGGUAGAGGCUUCUGUAUUAGGUGGAGGUAGGAAACGUAUAAGGAACAAAUAGCAGUUGGACCUUGCUUUAGGUUAGUAAGCUUGAAAAGGCAAAGUAGAAAUUUAAAAAAAAAAAAA